UACUUCAUAUGUGUGUUUGUGGCACUGAGAAUAAUAUGUAACACGGUUUAACUUGGUGACACCUCUGCCUUGUCGAGAACUGUAACACAGUUUAACUUGUUAAAAUCUCUUCCUCGUCGAGAUUUGUAGCCGCUGUUUUUGUUAGGCUAAGUAAAAGUUUUCUCUAUUUUAUGUCUUGAAUUUUUGUGCUAUUUUCAAGUUCUGGCAGCUGCGAGUGGGUGUAGCAGAGAGUUCGCAAUUGUGUGCAUGUGCGUGUGUGCUUUCAUCUGAACUGGUAGCUGGUUGGCUUUAGGAAGGUAACCUUUAGGUAAAAUGGCGUUUUCCCUAUGUAGGCUUGCGUUUGUGCUGUGUGUGUUGCUGUCUCUGCUUUCAAGUUCGGCUGAGGCGAUCCAGGGAUGUGGAACGAAAAAUGCCGUCUGCAGCAUGACAGGGCAGGUGAAGGGAACUGUGACAUUCGGAGAAAUACAGGGCACUGGGUGUUUUAACAGUGGCAACAUUCAGGUGAUUAUCGACCUCAUAGGGCUGCCCAAAGCGACCAACGUCAAAGGAAAAAACAACAGGGUGUUUACACUGCGCUUGAAAACCUACGGCGAGAUCCUGCCGGCGUGUACCGGGCUUGGUCCUGACUUUGGUGGUCUUGCAGUCGGGGACCUGGGCAGCCUGUCGCCUGACAGCUCCGGGAGACUGUAUAACGACACGGUCUUCCUCCCCCGCACCAACCUUCUCAAGGGUCGCGACAGUGUUCUUGGCAGAUCUGUGGUGAUCUAUGAUGGACCUUACUCUGUCUACGGGAACAAUCCAAUGCUGGGAUGUUGUGUCAUCGGAUUAGGGAUACCCACUGCAAGCGAGGCGAACAACGCAGGAGGCAAUGCCGGGAUCUUUUCGGGAAGCGCGUUUGGCACCCCUCAAAACCAGUUCAAUAACGAUGGUGGCAGCAGCAAGUUCACCCUAAUUCCUUACGGAAACAAUAAUCCUAACUUCGGAUUCCAGUCAUCAAGUCCUGGAUUCGGCAGCGGUUUCUACGGAAACAGCAACAACAACAACAACCAAGACUUGGGCGCAAGCAGGAACAAUUUUAACAACAAUAACAACGGUUUUGGUAGAGGUUCUAACAAUUAUCGAAAUAACGGUGGUAAUUCUCCAAGAUAUGGAUUUAGUUCUAAUGGCGGCUUUGGACAAAGCAACCAAAAUUUUAACAACAACAACAACUUCAACAGCCAGAACGGACAGAGCAACAGCAACCGACCCUAUGGUUAUACUAACAGUCAGUUCCCGUCUGUUUUCAGCAAUAUUGGUGGCUCGGACUUUUUCAACCUGGACGGUAAGCUUGCUGGGGCAGCACUUGUCAAUGGGGGCCCGGAUGCGGCCACUGGGCUAGCCGGAGGGUCUAUCGGGGGUGGAGACUCGCUAGCUAGUUCUCUAGGGAAAGGGUUCGAUCCUCCGAAGGGCCCGAGCUUUCAGGAUAUUUACAACCGUCCGACCGGGGAAUCACCCCUACAGGGAGGUGCCUUUAGUGACUCCGUUUCUCCAGAGCGAAAAAAUUCCCUUUCCGAUAUGUUUUUCAGGGAUAAAAAUAUCAAGGACACUAUCGGCCUUACUGAUGACGAUAAAUUCAUUCCAAGAGAAAGCGAAGACGAAGAAUCGAACUCUUCCUACCAGUCGGAUUCGAAUGAUCCCGAUUCGGAUUAUCCUAAUUACGAUGAUUACGAGCCCCAAGAUGAUCCCUAUAAUUACGAACGGGGUGAAGAACCUGAAGAUUACUCCCCUCCCAAGUCCGAUAACACAUUAAUUACAGAGGCUACAGGGGAUGGGGAUGAUGUCAUAGAUAUAAAUAGUGAUGGUGCGUCAUACCCGGAGAAGAGUGGAGCAAAAACUUCAGGUGGUGGGCCGAAACCAAUUUACGCUAGUAAUGAGGACUCUCGUAUGAACGGCAGCUAAUAAGUAAACGAAAUUGACAGAUUCAAACUUGGCAUCCAAACCGGACAAAUCCCAAAAACAUAAUAACUGCUGAUCUUCAACUAUCAGUUCACGAACAUGUGAGGACAUUAUAUUGGCUCGAACGUUAUCGAUAGGUUUAUUCUUGUACAUAGCUUUCUUUCUAUCGUUUCGAUAUAAUGUAUCUCCAAAUAAUGCAACAUUCCAAUAAAAUUUGUAACCUUUACACUCAGAAAACGCAAGUUAGAUUCACGAAAGGGGUAGUUAUGAAGUUAUACAUUUUCUUUUUCUUUCCUCCGGGAUAUUGUAUCCCACUCCCCUGGGAUUGGCCGUGGAAAAUAGGGUCAAUUCUGUCCAUCUCCCAAACGAUCUAAAUUAAGUUGAUUUGGGACGAAAAUUAAAAUAUGUGAACAAAAAUGCAAUUAAUAUUGACACUGUUGUCGAAGUACAACUCUCGCUUCCUUAAAAAAAUUUUUGGGGCAGCGGAAAGUCCCAUUAUUUGUGUACUGACGUGAAUAAACCUUUGAUCAGCCGAAAGUCAAA